AUGAAGAUGUUGCUUGGUAUCACAAAUGAGCUCUCACGUGUCCUUCAAACAAAGGGUCUUAAUAUUGUUAUUGCACUUGAGCUUAUUCAUGAUGUGAAGUCUAGAUUGAACACCUUGAGAGAAAGUGGCUGGGAUGACUUAUUUGAAGAAGCAAAACAGUUUUGUGUAGCAAAGAGUAUUGUAGUCCCAGAUAUGUCUGCAGAGAUACCAGUGAGGGGUCGUUCAAGGCGUGAUGGAAUUACUGUCACUAAUCUUCAUCAUUAUCGUGCUGAAAUUUUCUAUGUUCUUGUUGACAAAAUAUGUGCUGAGAUGAAUAAUCGGUUUAGUGAAGCAACUACGGAGGUAUUAUUGUGCUUCUCUUGUCUUGAUCCAAGUAACUCUUUCUCCAAGUUUGAUGUCAACAAGCUUGCAAGACUUGCUGAAAUAUAUGAUGCUGAUUUCUCUGAUCAUGACCGUGGAAUAAUAAGGGAACAACUUGAGACAUAUGUUCUUCAAGUGAGGAGACAUGCUGCCUUUGCUAAUUGUACAGAUAUUGAAAAUUUGGCCACAAAGAUGGUUGCAACAGAAAAGCAUUUAGUUUUUCCAUUGGUGUACAAGCUCAUUGAAUUGGCAUUGUUAGUGCCGGUAUCAACUGCUACUGUGGAAAGGCUCGUCAAAUUUUCUGGGUCCGCCACUGCCCUCGAGACGAUGCGGCGUGACGCCGGUGGCCACGAUGUCCCGCUCGUGGCCGCCGCGCGGCCGCCCCACGGCCCAAUCUUGACGAGCCCCUCCAUUCGAUAG